AUAAACCUCUUUCCUUCAAACCCUCACAAAAUACGCACGUUGAGGCUUCUCCAUCCUUCAAGCGCGGAACUUUCUGGAGAUACCUAUUUGUCUCUCAUUUUCUGAAUCUCACCCUCAAUCUCUUGUAGAUUCUGUAUUUGUACUUCCAAUUUCCUGAAUUUACUUCUAAUUUCAGUAGAAAAUGGCAUUUACAUCACGGACUCCUGAUAUUUCUGGCGAACGACAAUCUGGCCAGGACGUUCGCACUCAAAAUGUCAUGGCUUGCCAAGCAGUUGCAAACAUUGUGAAAUCUUCGCUUGGGCCUGUUGGCCUUGACAAGAUGCUUGUUGAUGAUAUUGGUGAUGUGACAAUAACUAAUGAUGGUGCUACGAUACUGAAGAUGCUGGAAGUUGAACAUCCAGCUGCCAAGGUUCUUGUUGAGCUGGCAGAACUUCAAGACCGGGAAGUUGGAGAUGGGACAACAUCUGUGGUGAUCAUAGCUGCAGAAUUGCUUAAGAGAGCUAAUGAUUUGGUCAGAAAUAAAAUCCACCCAACAUCAAUAAUCAGUGGAUACAGACUUGCCAUGAGGGAAGCAUGCAAAUAUGUUGAUGAAAAAUUGGCUGUGAAGGUUGAAAAACUUGGUAAAGAUUCUCUUGUAAAUAGUGCCAAGACCAGCAUGUCCUCGAAGUUGAUAGGUGGUGACAGCGACUUCUUUGCGAAUCUGGUUGUUGAAGCUGUACAAGCAGUGAAGAUGACAAAUGCGAGGGGAGAAGUUAAAUAUCCAAUCAAGGGAAUUAAUAUUCUUAAAGCCCAUGGAAAAAGUGCUAGAGAUAGCUAUCUGUUAAAAGGAUAUGCUCUCAACACUGGCCGUGCUGCCCAGGGAAUGCCGAUGAGAGUUGCCCCUGCAAGGAUUGCUUGUCUUGACUUCAAUCUUCAGAGGACUAAAAUGCAGAUGGGCGUCCAGGUUUUGGUCACUGAUCCCAGGGAAUUGGAAAAGAUUCGUCAGAGAGAAGCUGAUAUGACAAAGGAGCGUAUUGAGAAGCUUCUAAAGGCUGGAGCAAAUGUUGUUUUAACCACUAAAGGAAUCGAUGACAUGGCACUUAAGUACUUUGUGGAAGCUGGUGCCAUUGCUGUGAGACGUGUUCGCAAGGAGGACCUGCGCCAUGUUGCCAAGGCUACUGGUGCAACUGCGGUUUCGACAUUUGCAGAUAUGGAAGGAGAAGAAACAUUUGAUUCGUCUCUUCUUGGUUAUGCUGAUGAAGUAGUGGAAGAACGUAUUGCCGAUGAUGAUGUGAUUAUGAUAAAAGGGACCAAAACUAGCAGUGCGGCCUCAUUGAUACUCAGGGGUGCCAAUGAUUUCAUGCUCGACGAGAUGGACAGGGCUUUGCACGAUGCUAUAUCCAUUGUCAAAAGAACUCUGGAAUCUAAUACGGUAGUUGCUGGUGGAGGAGCUGCUGAAGCUGCCUUAUCUGUCUAUCUGGAAAACCUAGCCACUACUCUUGGAUCUAGGGAACAGCUGGCUAUUGCAGAGUUUGCGGAAUCUUUACUAAUUAUACCGAAGGUUCUUGCUGUGAAUGCUGCUAAAGAUGCAACUGAGUUGGUUGCUAAGCUACGUGCUUACCACCACACUGCACAAACCAAAGCAGAUAAGAAGCAUUUAUCAAGCAUGGGUCUUGACCUGGUGAAGGGUACUGUACGAAACAAUUUAGAAGCAGGAGUGAUUGAGCCUGCAAUGAGCAAAGUGAAGAUAAUACAGUUUGCAACUGAAGCAGCAAUAACUAUUCUUCGUAUCGAUGACAUGAUCAAGCUUGUUAAAGAUGAAAGUCAGAACGAAGAGUAAUUUUUCACACACAAGAAAUGAACGAUGAGCGUUGAAAAGGUACACUGGAUGCUUCGGGGAGGGAUUGGCUGCCUUUUUAAAGUAGUUUUGAAUUCAUUUUAUAUGCUUUGAAGUGUCCGUCGAGGAUGGAUGAUAAUAUUUAUUGCCUUCAUAUUACGUAUCUCAGCUGGUUUAAUGAAUUUAAUUCCCUGGUAUGUGAAAUUGUCAUUAUCGAUUUUGUGAUCUGAAUUAAAUUGUUUAGUUCCCAAAAACAUGAAAGUCAUUUUCAAAUCAUCAUUGUAGUUUCAUUUUUGUUUCAACGGUUUUUGAUUUGUCAAGUGAAUGAAAUGAUUUCGGUUCA